GUAAUGGUUUUGAUUUAGUUGAAGUUUAAAGAAAAACUUACGCAGUGAUGAGUUUCAGAGGUUUUUGUUGAGACGCCAUUUCAGAGGUGGAACAAGAAACCUACAAAAGUCAUCAUUAUAUAUGGCCUUUUUUCUGCGGUGUUGAGAGUGAUAUCAUUACAUCAUAUGUGUUUAGUGUGGUGAGACACUGAACAUCCUGAGGAAGAUGAAUGACAACAAUAUUCCUGAACAGUUAGAGAACAAACACAAGGAUGUGCAGAUGAGCAUUGACAGGCACACUGGAGUCAGUGUUGAUGUAACAGCUGACACAGGUGCAAGUGUAAAUACUCCUGUACUCAGUGGAAACACUUUCACAGGCCCAGUAUUCAUCAACUACAUCUCAAACUCUGCAGUACACAAUAUACCAACAAGGAUCAAUGAAGGUUUAACUCCAGAGGACAGUAAAGUUAAUAUUCAUCAUUACGGAAAUAUCAGCCUCAGACUGAAGAACAAUUUACAAGAGGACUACAAGCGAAUAUUGGUUGGUAAUUCACAAACAGGUCAUCGGGAAAACCUGAAUUAUAUUUCUAAUCUAUAUGUGGUGGAGAAUAAGACUGGAAGAACAGUGAGUGACUAUGAUGUGAUUCAGAUCGAAUCUACCAACCGUUUUACUGUCAAGGACACACCGAUCCAGUGCAAUGACAUAUUCAAAGACCAUAUGGGUCAACAAAGGAGAAAAGUGCUGACGAUGGGCAUCGCAGGGGUGGGAAAGACAGUCUCUGUCAAUAAAUUCAUUCUUGACUGGGCUGAAGGAAAAGAAAAUCAGGAUAUACUCUUCAUAUUUCCACUCCCAUUCCGUAGACUGAAUUUGAUAACAAAAAAAUACAGUCUCAUGGAUCUGCUUCAUGAAUGCUUCUUUAGAUGUACUGAAGGACUGUCCUCUCUUCCUGGAAAUGACUGCAAGGUCAUGUUCAUCUUUGAUGGACUAAAUGAAUGUCGCUUUCCUUUGAACUAUAAAAAGGACAUAUUAACAGAUGUGCAUAAGAAAACAUCAGUGAGUAAGAUAGUUACAAACCUCAUCAAGGGACAUCUGGUUUCCUCUGCUCUCAUCUGGAUCACAUCCAGACCUGCUGCAGCUGGUCUGAUACCACGGGACUACAUUGAUCAGGUGACAGAGGUGCGAGGAUUCAACGAUGAGCAAAAGGAGGAAUACUUCCACAAAAACAGCAGUCCUGAGGUUGCUGGAAACAUCAUCCGUCACAUCAGGAAAUCCAGGAGUCUGUACAUCAUGUGCCACAUCCCUGUCUUCUGCUGGAUCUCUCUCACUGUUCUUCAGCUUCUACUGACUCAAGAGAGCAAUGACAAAACACCAACAACUCUUACAGAGAUGUACAUUAGCUUUUUACUUUCUCAGAAGCAACAGAUGAAAACAAAAUACUGUGAUCAUCCUGAACCUAAACCCAAAGCCAAGUCUUUCGAUCAGAUUCUUCUGAAGCUUGGAAAACUGGCCUUUACACAGCUGGAGAAAGGUAAUCUGAUUUUCUACAAAGAAGAUCUUGAGGAGUGUGGAUUAGAUGUCAAUGAAGGUUCAGUGUACUCUGGGUUAUGCACUCAGAUCUUUCAGAUGGAAAAAGCUGUGUCAGAAAGAGAGAUUUACAGCUUCAUACAUCUUAGUGUCCAGGAGUUCCUCGCUGCUCUCUAUGUGUUUUUCAAAUACAAAUACUAUGGAAGAAAUGCCUUUCUUCAAUCUGAGAGAAGAAAACUGAAAUGGAAACUCUCCAAAACAUCAUUAUUUGACCUUCAUAAGUCUGCAGUUAAGAAGUCUUUAAGAAGCGAGAACGGACACCUGGAUCUUUUCCUCCGGUUCCUAUUGGGUCUCUCACUGGAGUCCAAUCAGAGUGACCUGAAGGAACUGCUGCCAAUGCUGGAACAGAAACCAGAGAAUGUCAGAAACACUGUUGACUAUAUCAAGAAGACAGUAGAGAAGGAGAAAUCAGUAGAGAGAACCAUCAAACUCUUCUACUGUCUGAAUGAACUGAAAGAUGACUUUAUGGAGGACAUCCAGAAGUAUCUGAUCUCAGGAAAUCUUUCAGCACAGAAUCUCUCCUCUGCUCAAUGGUCAGCUCUGGAGUUUGUGCGGCAGAUUUCAGAAGAGACUCAAGAAAAGUUUGAAAUGCAGAAAUACAGCUCUGAUGAAGCACUUAGGUUGCCAGCGAACCAAAACACGAGAAGAGCACUUGUGGAUUAUGGAGGAGAGAUCAGAAUGACAGCAGGGCCAAGAAAGUAUGCCUGUGAUCUCACACUGGAUCCAAACACAACACACAAACGUCUCAUUCUGUAUGAGGACAACAGGAAAGUUAAACAUGUGAAAAAGCAUCAGCUGUAUCCUGAUCAUCCAGAGAGAUUUGCUGAUGUUCCUCAGGUUCUGUGUCGAGAGACUCUAACAGGACGCUGUUACUGGGAUGUUGAAUGGAGUGGCUGGGUUAAUAUAUCAGUGUCAUAUAAAGAAAUCAGCAGAAAAGGAGGGAGUGAAGACUGUAAGUUGGGAUCCAAUGACAAAUCCUGGAGUCUCUUCUGCACUGAAAAUGGAUUCACUGUCCUUCACAGUAAUAACAGCACCAACCUACUGGCUCCUUCUCCCCGGUCUGACAGAGUAGGAGUGUAUGUGGAUGUGUCGGCCGGCACUCUGUCUUUCUACAGCGUCUCUGACACACACACACUCACACACUUACACACAUUCAACACCACAUUCACUGAACCACUCUAUGCUGGAUUUAGGGUUGAUUAUGCUUCUUCAGUUUCUCUGUUUCAGAUUAAAACAGAAACACAUACUUAACUAAAACUGAGAGAUAAACUAUAUGUAUUUAAAAUAUACAGUAGAUAGUCAACCAAAAUACCUAUUACUGUUGUGUGUGCUACUGCCGCAAGGCUGUGGUGUUAAAUACAACCCAGUCACAUGUGACACACGUUUGUUAAAUCAUCACCAGUUGGUGCAAAGGGAUGGUUUGCAACAAUGUGCAGAAAGGCUGGAAUGUAAAUGAAGAUUAAUUAAUUUCCUGUUAAUUAUAAUAAUAAUAUAUCAUUAAAACAUUUAAUCUCGGCGGAUUAUUCACCAUAUAAUUACUUGAUGUAACAGCUAUUUGAACAGCUAUUAAAUCUAGACUUUAUCUUUAACCUGUCAUACACAUAACACACUAACUCAUUUCUAUAAUUCAAAUACAUUAAAUAAUUAUUUGUUUGCAUAAAUUAGGUCAGCUGGAACGGGGAACACUUCCUAUAACACCUGAUGUACUUUGUAAGAAGAAUGGCAUCUACGCUAAUAUUAGUCUGUCUGUUUCAUUCUUAUCCCGAGGUUACCGUAGUCAUCCGUAUCCAGGCUGAAUCCAGAUCAGAUGGAGGACUUGCACCUAGACAUGACAGCAGCCUUAAAUGUCAGAGGAGACCAUGACAACUAAACAAGUCAUAGAGACAGAGCGCCUGUGAAGACCUCAUCGACAUGACAGCCAUCGGCACAGAUCCUCAGCAGAACACAAGAACUAGACAAGUCCUCUUCACAGACCCCCAUGAGCAGUUUUAAUUCUUCCCACCAUUCACCGUUGUGACAUAUCCCAAUCUUCAAGCAGAAAGACUUGGAUGAAAUAUCAAAAUCACAUCAUGUUGGUUUGUUGGCCAGAGGAGAACUGGUCCCCCGGCUGAGCCUGGUUUCUCCCAAGGUUUUUUUCUCUAUUCUGUCACUUGAUGGAGUUUGGGUUCCUUGCCGCUGUUGCCUCUGGCUUGCUUAGUUGGGGACACUUAAUAUUCAACAAUAUUAUGGAUUUGACUGACGUUGUUGUAUGAGAACUGAACUGAGCUGGACGAGCUGUUUUCUGCAGAACUGAUUUAUAGCUGAAUUGACCUCAUUUCAUAAUUAAUGUACAUUACACAGUUAUUGAUCUGAACUGAAUCAGCACUGAACUGAUUUAAACUGAAUAAUAACUGUGUAUUGUUGUCUUUUUAGAGCUGCUGUAUGUAAACUUUUGAACAGGUUCAUUUUUGUAAAUUCAGUUAAUAGUUUGUCUUGAGGACUAAGCUGCACACUAAGCUGCAAAAAAUGUAUUACAUUUUUAUCAAAUUAGAUUUCAAAAGAUCACAUAACACCAAGAUGAUUCAUGUGUAUGUAUUUAUUUUUAUGGAUCAUAAUUUUCUUUACUAAUUCUCAUCAAUCUAUCAUAUUAUUAUUAUAUUCUAUUUGAACUAUGUCUUAUAUACUACUUGUGCUUCCUUUAAGCCGUGUUUGAUUGUGUUCAUAAAAAAAAAAAAAAAAAAAAAAAAAAAGGGGGAUUGUCCACAGAAAUCAUUCAAAAUCCACCCUUGAAAAUCUUAAUUGAUUGAACAUAAAUGCCAUAAUCAUUCUGUCAUUCUGUCAAGGCAUAUUGGCUUAUGAUAGUUGAACACAUUCUGAUUCAUGUUCAAAAGCACUAAGAUCAAUUGGAAUACAAUGUUUAAUAAUUUAAAAAAACAGACUGACAUGAUUAAGGUUUCAGUCACUAUCUAGCUGGUGCUCCAGUCCAGCAGGAAGCAGAAAUGCAGCAUAUUUUGCUGUGCGAAAUCACAAACUGCCAUAUGAGGAAGGGAAGUUUCAAAUGCCCAGUUUACUGUAUUUUGCAUAAUUCAUGUGAUUUAUAUUUAAUUAUAUGCUUGCUGUUUUUUGACUGUAUGAUGUUUUUACUUGUAUCCUCACUGUAUUUCCCUAUUUAGUACUGAACAGUUUAAAUGAGUUACAGUUUCAGGAUAAA